AUGGCAACCCCUGACCGAGAUGAGUUGAUUAGAUGGGCUCGGGAGAUUGCCUUAAAGCUAAAGUUUGCAAUUGUAAUUGGCAAAUCCGACAACGGCAGCGAUAAGAGGAAGCAAUAUUUCAGGUUGGAUUGCGAGCGGGGAGGCCGGUACGUGUCAACAAAUAAGAAGCUAAAAUCUGAUCAAACCGGCACGAGGAAAUGCGGCUGUCCAUUUCGACUCCGUGGUUAUUGUCAUGCCGAUAAAACAUGGCAUUUGACCGUUGUAAAUGGCAAACAUAACCACGAGUUGGACAAGGCAGUUGAAGGCCAUCUCAUUGUCGGUCGUCUCAAACCGGAAGAAAGGCAAUGUAUGGAGGAAAUGUCAAGGAAUCUGGUUCCGCCUAAGAAUAUAAUGUCCACAUUGAAAGAUAGGGAUCCAAACAACAAGACAACGGCAAAGCAACUCUACAAUUUAAGUCAUCGAUUAAAACUUAAAAUGAGGGCAUCAAUGACUGAAAUGCAACACCUCUCCAAAAGACUUGUCGAGACCGGGUAUUUUUUCAAACAUAGGACGGUUGUUGCAGACGGAUCCGAACAUGUUCAAGACAUUUUCUUUGCACAUCCUAAAUCUAUAAGUUUGUUCAAUUCUUUUCCUACUGUGCUUUUGAUGGAUUCGACAUACAAAACAAACAAAUACAAAAUGCCGUUAUUUGAGAUUGUCGGAUUCACAUCAACUGGGAGAUCUUUCAAUGUUGGAUUUGCUUGGCUUACCAACGAAAGAUAA